AUGCCCGCCAACCCUUCAUCAACCCCGGGGGCCCCUGUGACCACGACCGGUCCCUCCUCCCAGCCCAGUCGACAGCAAGACCUCCGGCAAUUGGCAACCUCGCCCGCGUCUUCGUCCGCAUCCUCGUCGAUUGCGUUUCCCGCGCUCCCGGGCACGUCCCAGCUACAACCCGCCUCUGCCGCCGCCCCUUCCGACGACAGCAACAGCUUCGAGAUGGCACCAAUCACAGGCCAUCGACGGCGCAAGAGCAGCCUGAUGAACCCCGUUGGCGGCCGCCUCGGCGACCGCACCUCCCCGCAUAGCCUGCACACGCGCCGGAAGUCGGGGAGCUUCUCAGGCCAGAGUGGCCACCACGAGACCGUCGCCGCCGCACUGGCAGGCCCCGCCAGCCACGACAAGGACGACGCCUGGAGCCAGGACAGCUUCAGCGAAGGCGAUUUGCACGACGACGAGGAGCUGGGCCUCACGACGCAGGAUCGAGCGCGCAGGCAGAAGCAGCGCCGCAAGCUCACGCGCCUGGAUCAGCGCAUCGCUAGGGAAAAGAAUCUGUCGAUCGACGAGCAGAAGCAGGCCGAUAAGAGCGUCAUGCGACGUCUGAUGAUCAAUGGAGGACUGAUUCUUCUCUGGUACAUCUUUUCGCUAUCGAUUUCACUGUACAAUAAAUGGAUGUUCGACAAGGACCAACUCAAUUUUGCCUUUCCGCUCUUUACCACAGCCAUGCACAUGCUCGUGCAGUUCUCUCUCGCAUCUCUCGUUCUAUACUUUUUCCCAUCAUUUCGACCAUACCACAAGCAUACUUCCGAUCUUGGACGAUCACGUCACGAAGAGGAACCGAAUUCAUCCAAAAUGUCAAAGCUGUACUACCUCACUAGAGUCGGCCCGUGUGGUGCUGCGACUAGCUUAGACAUCGGACUCGGAAACAUGUCACUCAAGUCCAUUACACUCACUUUCUACACCAUGUGCAAAUCUUCCUCCCUGGCUUUCGUCUUGAUCUUCGCCUUCAUCUUUCGUCUCGAAAAGCCGACAUGGCGUCUGGUUGCCAUCAUUGCCACGAUGACUGUCGGGGUUAUCCUCAUGGUUUCAGGCGAAGUCGAGUUCAAGCUCUCUGGGUUCCUGCUCGUCAUUUCCGCCGCAUUCUUUUCAGGCUUCCGUUGGGGCCUGACGCAGUUACUGCUUCUCCGCAACCCCGCGACAUCGAACCCAUUCUCUAGCAUUUUUUUCCUAUCUCCCAUCAUGUUCAUUACACUCUUUGCCAUGGCGAUUCCUGUGGAAGGCUUUGGCGAGCUCUUUGAGGGUUUUAACCGCAUCAGCGCAGAAUUCGGUACCUUCAUGACCCCCAUCUUCCUGCUCUUCCCAGGUUGCAUUGCAUUUCUCAUGAUAGCAUCAGAGUUUGCCUUGCUCCAACGAACAUCUGUCGUUACACUCUCGAUUGCGGGCAUCUUCAAGGAAGUCGUCACCAUCUCUGCAGCGUCCGUCAUCUUCCACGACGAGCUGAGCAUGGUCAACUUCAUCGGCCUGCUCACAACGCUCGUGGCCAUUGGCGCCUACAACUAUGUCAAAAUCUCCAAGAUGCGCGCCGAGGCACAGCAUGAUGUGCACGGCCACGGCGAAAGCGACAAGAUUUUCUCCAAUACGGGUAGCGACAUGGACAAUGAUGAUACAAUCGAAGAAUCUACCGGACUGCUGCAUCAAGGCGAGCCAAACGCAACGCUUCCUCCCGUUGCUGAGUAUUCUCGAACAAAAUAG